GGUAACUGAACUUUAAAACUCAAAGUCUAUCUGUAGAAGAGUUGCAUAGAUUUUUUUGCAACUUACAACAGAAAAAGAGAGGUGGGUCAUUUGGCAUCUUUACAGGAGGACUAAACAACAUAUUGUCUUCUUCCCUUUUUAUCUUUUCUUCACCCCUCGUGACUCCAUACUCUCUCUCUCUAGCUAUCUGUCUGUGUGUGCUGUUUUUUGUUCUUUUUUCAUCUCAACAAUUGGAUUUUUUCUUGUAAACCCAACUCAUGAUAAGUUGAAAUCUUGGGAUUUGUGCCUUUAGCCCUUCAAAGUACAAUACACAAACUCUCUCUCACUAUACACACACACUUCCACUUAUUAAAUUGCUAAAAUUCUCUUUGCCGUUUAUAAAUUCAAGGUUGAUUUUUUGAUGAAUUUUGUUGGUCUUAAAAAGGGUUUCUUGGAUCUUCUUAUCCUGUUUCAUUAAUUAUUUUAACCCUCUUCUUAUUUUAAUAACAUAAAUUUUGUUCACACAAAAGUAUACACCUUUUAGGGUUUAGGGCUUUUCUUAUUCUGAACCAUUCUUCAUUUUCCAUCCAAUAAGGCUUCUCACACUCAUUUUUAACAUUUUCUUUAAUUUUGUGAGUUGGGUUUUCCAUAUUUCUUUGACAUGAGUUCCAAAAACAUAAUCUUGAACAAAAGUUCCAAUCUUUUUGGAUUCUUUCAGUCAUAUUUCAAGAAGUUGGGGUUAUAUUAGUUUCUCGAAGUCUCAAAAAUGUCAUCUAUGUUAAGUGGUGGUGCAGGAAGAGCUUAUGGGUUUGAUUUUGAAAAUAUCAUAUGCCCAUCAACAACAACAACAACUUCUAGUAGAACAUCUCAUUCAUCUUCUCCAUCUUCAACCCUUUCUGAAUCAAUCAACUCCCCUUUAGCAAUCUCGAAUCGAAAACCCCGCACACCGCGAAAAAGACCCAACCAAUCUUUCAAUGAAGCAGCUAGUCUUCUUUCCAUAGCCUGCCCCAAAGUUUUUUCAACCAAAAAUGUCACAAACAAGAACCAUAAUCUUUCAAAAAUCACCACACAAAAUGGCAAUUCAUUUCAUGACCCCCCGGAGUUGCUUUUACCGUUUCCGAUGACCCAAAACUCCGGUUUUCAUCUUCAUCGGUCGAUUAUGGAAAACCCCAAUUCAGUUUUCGACUCGAAAGUGGCAAAUUUUUGCCAUAGUCCCGGGGAAGUUGAUUUCCCAAAUCGCGUAGGGGUCACACAUUCGAGUCAUGGAAACAACCUCUUGCAGAAAUGCAGUGUAAGGAUGCGUACAUCAGGCACAAGCUGGCCUGACACUGUCCUGGACCCCACGCAUGCAGGAGCCUCGUGCACUGGGUUUCUUGGCGAUUCUAAUUCGAAUUCGGUGGAACUCUUAGAUGGGUUUGAAGACGAUUUUGACACCGAGUCGAUGCUUGAUGAGGAAAUGGAACAUGGGAUUGAUAGUAUCAUGGGAAUAUCACACCCAACAAGUGAAAAACAUGACACAAACAAUAAUUAUUCUUUAAAUUCAAAAACUUGUUAUGGGUAUCCAAUGGGAUUGGGAUUUGGUGGGAAUUUGGAGUUUAACUUUGGAAUGGGAAUGAGGAAUGGAAUAAGGGCAUUGAAGAAUGGUGAUGGUGGGAAUUGGUGGAGUUUUCCGACGGUGAAUGUGGUGAACAUAUCGCCGCCGGUGGCGCCAGUGACGGUGAAGAAAAUUCCGGUGGAAAAGAAGAAGAAGAGAGUGGAGGAGUUGAUGAAGAGGUCGGAACCGGAAUUGGAACAUGGAAAUUCCGAUGUUAGGUGUAGAUUGUUGUUGAAACUGAAUUACGACGACAUUUUGAAUGCUUGGUCGGAUAAAGGGUCACCGUUGCCGGAGGAAGUUUCCGGGUUGGAGUCUCCCGGAGGUGAUAUCCAUGGCAAAUUGGCUCGAAUAGACUUAUUCUCAGAAAAUGAUGGAUUAAAAGAAGCUGGUGUGGUCCGUUAUAAGGAGAGAAAAAACACACGUCUAUUUUCUAAAAAGAUAAGAUACCAAGUCAGAAAGAUAAAUGCUGAUAGACGGCUCAGAUCUAAGGGCCGGUUUGUUAGAAGGCCAAAUUCUCCCACUAGUGAGGAUACAUAACAACCCUUCAUCUUGUGUCUUGAUCUCUUUUUGGGUCCUUUUUGUUUGAUAUAUUUUUUUCUCAUUUUAGACCUUAUAUUUCUUUGUUUUUGUUCAGCAAUUAUGUAGUGUUGUUGAAGAGAAGUGAGACUAGUUAUGAAGAGAGAGAUAGAAAGGAGAGAGUAAUUAAAGAGGGAAAAUUCAACAAUUUUGUUAUUUGUAAUUCAGUUAUAAAUUUUGUUCUUUUUUUCAAUAUUUAUAGAAUACAAAUAAAAAAUAUCAACAAUUAUGGUGCAUUAA